GGCAGUCGUUUUAGCAAUAUCAGUUUUUGGCUCGAGUUUUUGCGGUUCUUUGAGAAGAAAAGAGGGAAAAAGCAGUGGCUUUAUCACCCUAUUCUUCAAUGCCCAAUUCUAUUCUAACCCAUUACCAUUAACGCUCUUGUUUUCUUCUUCUUUGUCUCAGUCUUCAUAUAUUUCUUUUUCUGUUUGAUUUUUGGUUCUUGCAGGUUGAGAGAACACAACCCAGAUGGGAAAGACAUCGUCUUCUUCUAUUAAGAAGAAGAGAUCGAAAGUUUCUUCCUCUCGGGGGCGAAUUAAGAAAAGAAGUAAAAGUAGGACCAGGAGAAAGAGUAAGUCCAAGAAGCUUCCCCAUCGUGAUGAUUCUGUAUCUUAUUCAAGCGAUAGUGAUGAUUCCAUGAAUUCGGUAUCUGUUUCAUCCUCUUGUUCUGAGGAUGACCAUAGAAGUAGAAGAUCUCGUUCAAGAACAAGAAAAGAUGUGAAGAGCAGUAAGAAGAGGGCUCGAAGACAGUCCUCUAGCAGUGAAAAGACUGAAGACGCUCCUCUUUUUAAAAAAAGAAAGGGAUCAAAGAAAAAUGGUGAUUUUCAGGUGAGGAAAAAAACCCAUGAGAAGAAGAAGAAGAAGCUGAAGGAGAAGAAGAAGGAGAAGAAGAAGAAGAAGAAUAAGUCUAAAUGGGAGGUAAGUGUUAGUUCCACAAGUAGUGGGUCAUGGAGUUGCUCUACUUGUCAGGGUGGGAGUGGUAGCAGUGAUGAGAGCGAAGUGGAGAAAAAUAGAGGCUGGUCUGAAAGAAGAGAUAAAGAUAGGAGAAGAGUGGAAAAGGUUAAAAGUGGAAGUAAAAGGAGCAGAUCUAGGUCGAGGAGUUUUUCAUCAUGCAGUAGGUAUAAUGAUUACAGGAGUGAUGAACAAUUGACAGGUGAGGUUAAUGUUAGACGGCUGAGAUCAGUUAUUACUGUUGUUAGAGAGGGAAAUGAGGAGAGAGGGAUGAAUGAAGAUGAGCAUAAAGAAGAGAUGGUAUAUGAUUAUGAUGAUUAUCCUCCUAGCAGAAGCAAUGAUAGUAAUGAUGGGGGGAGCAAGAGAGAGUUUGUCCAUAAUUAUCAUGUCACAACAAAGGAGAAAAGGCAUGCAGAAGAUGAAAAAGGAGAAGUUGUUUCUAACAUCAGAAGUGGUAAAGUCACAGAAACCGACAAGGACAGUGAUGACUAUGACGAGAAUAGUCCUUGUGAUGGGUUUAAGAUGAAUGAUGUUCUAGAGGAAAAAAGGAAUGAUGAUUCUGGUGUUGCUGAUAGUCCAAACGCAUAUAAUUUGGAGUCAAUUUUAAGACAAAAGGCUUUGGAAAAUCUAAGGACAUUCCGAAGGGGGCACCAGACAGAUGCAAAGGCUCCUGUCAAUCAGAAAGAUCUAAUUCAUAGUGAUGUGAAGAGACUGUCCUCCACAAAGGCUGAAUUGUUUCAAAAUAAAUCCUCCAAGGGAGGGGGUGCUAGAGCAGUCGUUACAAGCCAAGUAGCAGGGGAUGACAGUAUUCCUGCAGCAAGUAAAAGUCCUACAGAGAUUUCACAGAAUGAUAAAAAUCUUUCUGAUGGGAACAAUGGGUACAAAAAUAAUGGGGCUAAGCAUGAUGUUGCACAUCCACCAGAUCGGGUUGCUCUUGCUAGCAGCCCCAACAAGGUCAACAAGACUUUCGGUUCUGAAUCUUAUAAACCAAGGUUGAUUUCAUUAGCAUCAAGGCGAGAACCAUCAAAUGCUUCCAUCAACAAGAAGCAAGAAUCUGCUUUGCGAGAGGAACCCCCUCAAGCAAAGUCAAUUACUGGGAAUAGCGUAGCUCACUGUAAGGUAGAAACAGCACAAACUGAGAUCGACCAACUUGGCAAAACUAAUUGUGAAGAAGUUAAUAACGCCCGCAGUUCUGCUUCUGAUGAUACUUCUUGCUUAAAAUCUAUAUCUGGAGGCAUUAGCUCUAAUAAACCACAAGAUGAGGCCAAGGACGAUUCACAGUUAGAGCAGAAGACUAUGACUGUAAUGCGGGGUGGUGAACUGGUAGAGGUAAGCUACAAGGUCUACAUUCCUAAGAAAGCCCCCGCCUUGUCUCGGAGGCCGCUCAAACGUUGAUGUCUCAUCAACAAUUUUGGUCUGAGUAGGCACUGAUUAGAAAGCUUUACAAAAAGAGAUACUAUCAUUCUGGAUUGACGUCUCAUGCAGAACCUGAAGUUAAGAGCUUGGGGAAUUCCGGCUUGCAGUAUAUACUAAUACUAGUAACCAUAGGUUCAUUAAAAGAAUGUAAUCUAUUCUGGCCACAAGGAUGACUAUCUUUAUGACGUUUAUUUUAAAAGUAGCAAUAACUUGUUUCGUGUAAUUUUUUCUUUUAAAUUAUAAUCUCUGUUUAUUUUAGCUUUCUUUCAUA